AUGAGCUUCGACUCCUGCACCGAGCUCUCGCCGCAAUGCCCCGUCGAGGCCACCGUUCUGGGCUACAGGCCCAACCUGGGGUCGAGCUACUUCUUCGCCAUCGCCUUUGGCAUCUGCACCAUCGCCGCCGCGUCCCUGGGGGACUCGGGCGCCUUCCAGCUGCAGAUCUGCGCCAUCAUCCUCGCCCCGAGCCUCAUCUGCGUGUCCAUCUACCUCACGCUCAAGCACGUCGCCCUCACCGUCAACCCGGCCCUGUCUCGCAUCCCGCCCACGUGGUACCCACGCAUCUUCCUCCCCGCCGAUCUCUCAUGCCUCAUCGUCCAGGCCAUCGGCGGUGGCCUCGCCGCCGCCGCUGGCAAGAACGACAAGAAGCUUCUCGACUCGGGCAACAACAUGAUCAUCGCCGGCAUCGUCCUCCAGGUUGUCGUCCUCCUCGUCUUUGGCGUCCUCGGCUUCGACUACUGGCUCCGCGCAAAGAAGCACAUGCGCCACGACAACCCCGCGCCCGAGUCACUCGCCGUCUGGAAUGACGGGAAAUUCCGCAUGUUUGGCAUUGCUGUCAUGGGCGCGUUCAUCGUCAUUUUUGUCCGAUGCAUCUACCGUUUCCUUGUCCUGGAUCCCACAAUGAUCUUCAUUGCGACGUAUCUUCUGACCAUCUUCCAUCCGGGCAUCUUCUUCCCCCAGAUGCGCAACGGGCACGGCAAGUCCAAGACUGCUACUGGAGAAGCCGCCGCAGCAGCAGACGAGUCGAGAGAAAAGCCGGCUGAGAGCAGUAUGGGGGAGUCAGGCAACGACACGCCCCGGGCGACGGCCGUGUAG